AUUCUUGUUUGCGCUCUUCAUCGUUUGCACAUAGAACAAAAAAUAACCGUAGACUAAAAAAAGUUAUAUCAACAAUUCAGCGACAUUGGGAUUCUUUAUUUACAGUUUUCAAGUAAUCGUAAACUUUCGCUUUUUUUUCUAUUUUAUCUACUACGCAAUUCAUUCAUUCUCUAAGAGCCCGUUACCACUUCCAUGAAAAAAGAGAAUUCUAUUUACCAUGUUUUAAACGCUCCAACGAGUAAAAAUGGUGUAUUCGCACGCAGGAUUGACACCGAAGUGUGUACACUGCCCGAUGACAUUCUUCCCGAUUCCGAUUUAGUUCAGAGUAUUCAAGAUUUUGCCGCGGAGUAUGCAAAAGCCACAGACAAGCCUGAAUUGUUUCAAAGCAUGGAUGAAACCGCUUUACUAGCUCUUGGAAUAUAUUUUACAGAAUGGGCCAGAGAAUAUGUUGGCGACUGCCUAGACAUGUUUGAAGAGCCGAAGACGGAUGAGGACAUGGAUUUGGAGGACGAGGGCGAGGAGUAGUCUUGUUCAUUCUCAAGUAAAGAGAUAUCUACUUCGUUCGCAACUGCAAGUUUGACAAAUAAUCGGUAGCGAGAAGAGCUGCUUGGCAACCACUAGCUGCACUUGUAAUGGCUUGUUUAAAGACAGGGUCUUGUACGUCUCCAGCAGCAAAGAAUCCAGGAAUGUUUGUUUUCGGGGUUCCAUUCAAUGUUCGAACAUAACCGUGUUCGUCCAAAUCGACCUGACCACGAACCAAAUCAGUUGCUGGGUUGUGACCAAUGGCAUAGAACAAACCUUUCAUAUCCCAAACUUGUUCUUCUUGUGUGUCUACACGUUUUGUUACAAUGUGUGUAAGGGGACCGGCAUGUUUGCCUCGUGCCUCAAUAACCUUCAUGUUGUAGUGAACUUUUAUACGAGGGUUUUGGAGCAUUCGUCUUGCCAUUACGACUGAAGCAGAAAGUCGAUCACGACGAACGAAAACAUUCACGGCUGAAGCAUGCUGAGCAAGAACUAAGGACUCCUCGACAGCAGAAUCGCCGCCCCCGACCACGGCAACGGGUUGAUUGCGAAAAAUUGGCAGUGCACCGUCACAUACAGCGCAGGUCGAGAUGCCUUUCUGCCAAAAAUCCGAUUCGCCCUUUAUACCAAGCAUUCGAGGACGGGCACCGGUGGCAUAAACGAUUGAACUGCACGUGCCAUACUCAGGUGAGCUUUCUGACCAGUAUCGAAAAGGCCGUUUAUUUAGGUCUAGCUUGACAAUCGUUUCCGUAAUAAUAUUGGUACCCGCAUUGAUUGCUUGUUGUCGCAUUUUUUCCAUUAACAAGGGACCCAUGAUCCCUUUCUCAAAUCCAGGAUAAUUCUCUACCAGGGUAGUCGUCGUAAGCUGACCACCAGGCGCAUAGCCAUUUGCCAUA